AUGGAGCUAGCCACGUUUUGCGAGCUGUUCGCCCAGCUUCGCGAAACCACGGCCGCCCGAUACGCCAGCACACGGGAAUUUGUCGAUCAAUACGUCCUCGUCGUGGAUACCAUCCAGAACGACAAGGACCCGGUCAAUCCAACGACGAUUGGAAACCGUCUCGCCAACGCCGAGCAGACGAAGACCGCAAAGAAAUGCACCUACUAUAAGAAGCGCGGCUAUAUAGCCGUGGACUGCUAG